AUGGAAUAAUCCAGCAUAAUCACGCAAUGACAAACUCACUGACUGAACCAAAUCACCUUCUGGAUUAAAGAGAGGCAGACUGUCGAAUUUGCUUCUCAGGAACAUUUUCCACAAUGACACUGAACGACAGCUCCACAAACCAAACUUGCGAUGUGUUCAUCUACAAGGAAUCUGCUCGGAUCCUUUUUCCCAUUUUUUACUCUCUGGUUCUUAUCAUCAGUGUUGCUGGCAACAGCCUGGUUCUCUGCAUCAUCUGUCAGAGGAAACAUAAGAUUAACUCCACCAUGAUAUAUCUGAUCAACCUGGCCAUCUCUGACACGCUUUUCACAUUGGCUCUGCCCGGCAGGAUCACUUACUACAUCCGUGGCUUUGACUGGCCUUUUGGAGAUUUCUUUUGCAGACUGACGGCCAUGAUCUUCUACAGCAACACUUAUGCUGGCAUCGCCUUCAUGACCUGUAUCAGUGUGGAUCGUUACUUGGCCAUGCUGCACCGUCAGCGAUGUCAGAGAUUGAGGAAGACCACGGUGGUAAAAGGUAUCUGUGUUCUGGUAUGGAUGGUUGUUCUCAUUGAAACAUCCCCCCUGCUCUUUCGAAGCAUGAUUGAACAAAGACCCAGCCAUAGGACAUGCAUGGAAUUCUCCAAUUUUGUGGAAAAAAAGAUGGCAUUCGUUCUUCUGGUUGCUUGCAUCAUCGGGUUUUGCAUGCCUUUGGGACUCAUUCUGCGCUGCUAUAGCCAGGUCAAUUCCAAGCUAUCCAGGACGGCCAAAGAGAACCCGAUGACAAGCAGGUCAGGAAGCAGCAGCAGGGCCAGAUAUACAAUAUCACUCAUUCUUCUGAGCUUCAUAGUGUGCUUUACUCCUUACCACAUUAACGUCAUGCAGUUUUCAGUCAGAAGACUGUUCACUGAGCCCUCCUGUGAAGAUCUGAAGUCUUUGAAAAUGUCCCUGCAGGUGACCGUUGCCAUGAUGAACUUUAACUGCUGCCUUGACCCCGUUAUUUACUUUUUUGCCAUUAAAACCUAUAAGCAGAGAGUGAUGAGCCUUUAUAAGACCUACAUUUCAACUAAUGCAUCAUCUAAGAGCAUGCAGGAGAACAGCAGCAGUAAUACAUGAGUGCUGUUAUUAUUCAAUUGAGGAAGAAUCGGAUGAAAGAGUUUUAUUUUUUUUAAAUCUUUCCAUUGAUGGUUUAAGUCUGUUUUGGAUUUUUGUCCACAAGUUAUUGUUUAAAAAGACUAUUCUGUCACAGAUCACUUUUUUACUAAACAUUAUUCCUCAGUUGUGUAACAUAUUUAACAUAAUUCUUUGAGUCAGAUUCUGAUCAUUUUAUAGGUGAUGAAACAGGGAUGAUACAUUUCAGGGGAAAUCCCAUAUAAGGUCAAAAAAGACUAGAAAUCGUCUUACAAUUCUUAAUGCUUACGGAGGUGUGUGACAGACAUUUUGUAAUACUGAGUUUUGCUUUAACUGUGUAAUAUCAAUGUGUAACCUUUUAU